UUCACUCUAUUGGUUCUAUUUCCUCUUCCCAUUUGUCUCUUUCUCCUGUAUUUUAUGUGUCUCACCUCUUACUCAAUCUUAUUUCUAUUAGUCAAUUAUCUGAUUUCGGUUUUGAUGUUGUUUUCUCUUCUUCUCAUUGUGUUGUGCAGGAUCGGGUAUCCAAGAGGCAGAUUGGGAUCGGGCGUAGAGUUGGAGAACUAUAUAUCUUGGACAGCUUGCAUGUUCCUCUAAAAGUGUCUUCUACUGCAUUGUCUUCUUUUUGUUUAAACAAUAAGUCUUCUUUAUUUUAUAUUUGGCAUUCUAAGUUAGGUCAUCUGUCGAGUGAUCGUUUGAGGAUGUUAGUCCGGUCUGGACAUUUAGGCAAUUUUCCCAUUGAUGAUAUUUCUGAGUGUCGUGGUUGUAAAAUGGCUAAAAUGUCUGCUCUUCCUUUUAGUAAAAGUAGUUCUAUUUCUUCUUCUCCUUUUCAAUUGGUUCAUACUGAUGUUUGGGGUCCUUCCCCUAUAGUUACCAAGGGUGGUUCGCAAUAUUAUGUGUCUUUUGUGGAUGAUUACAGUCGGUUUACCUGGGUAUAUUUGAUGACUCGAAAAUCUGAUUUUUGCAAAAUAUAUUAUAAUUUUCACUCCAGGAUUCGCACUCAGUUUUCUACCACCGUUAAAGUUCUCCAUUCUGAUUUGGGAGGUGAGUAUUACUUGUCCGAGUUUGAGGAGUUUUUAGCCACUCAUGCCACUAUUCAUCAGUCUUCAUGUUCUGACACUCCUGCCCAAAAUGGUCGAGCUGAGUGCAAACAUCGCCAUCUCCGUGAUACAACUCGUUCUUUGUUGCUCUCGUCUUUUGUCCCUUCUGUCUUUUGGGGAGAAGCUGUGCUCACUGCUGCAUAUCUUCUCAAUCAGAUGCCUACUCCUCUUCUUUCUAGCUCAUCCCCGUAUGAGCGUCUUUUUGGUGUUACUCCUAAUUAUUCUCUUUUGCGUAUUUUCGGUUCUGCAUGCUUUGUGCUCCUUCCUAAACGGGCACGCUCUGAACUUAGUUCUCGUUGUGUUCUAUGUGUCUUAUUAGGGUAUGGCAUUAAUCAGAAAGGUUAUUGAUGCUAUGAUCCUGCCGCCAAAAAAGCUAUAUGUGUCUAGGCAUGUCACAUUUUUAGAAAAAUUACUCUACUACACUAUGCAUUCCACCCCUGUUCCUCUUACCAAGGAUGAAUUGGUUCAUGUUGACCCAUUUCCUCAAGAUGUUUCUCCCGAUGAGUUUGUUUCUAAUCUUGAGGUCUCUACCUUGCUUCUUACUAACACUUCUGAUAUCUCGCCAGCUCCCUCUCCAGCUCCUGCUUCCCCUGCUCCUUUUCUUGUUUAUCAGCGCCGCAAAACACUUCCGAGCUCGCCUGUGUCUAGCUCUACUGUCCCUCCAACUGUUUCUUUGGAUCUUGUUCCUCUUGCACAUCGCUUUCCAAGGCGAGACCGUCAUCCUCUGAACUUGUAUGGUUUUGGUAAUACAUGUUUUUCCCUUUCCUAUCAGUCUUUUCUUUCUUGUCUUCAUAUUUAUUUUGAGCCCAGGUCGUACAAGGAAGCUUGCAAUGAAUGACGAGUUAACUACUUUGGCUAACACUUAGACUUGGGAUUUGGUUCCAUUUCCUGCUGGUAAGAAUGUUGUAGGCUGUAAAUGGGUGUAUAAGGUCAAAACUCUUUCUGAUGGUUCUUUAGAACAGUAUAAAGCUCGUUUGGUGGCCCAGGGUUUUUCUUAGGAGUAUGGGAUUGAUUACGAUGAGACUUUUGGCCCCGUUGCCAAGAUGACUACUGUUCGCACUCUUAUUUUUGUUGCUGCUGCCCAUCAAUGGUCUUUGUUUCAACUUGAUGUCAAAAACGCCUUUUUGAAUGGGCAUCUUGCUGAAGAAGUGUAUAUGCGUCCUCCACCGGGUCUUUCUCACCCUCGUGGUGUUGUUUGUCGUCUUUGCUGUGCUCUAUAUGGUCUCAAGCAGUCUCCUCGUGCUUGGUAUGAGCGAUUUCACUCUGUUGCACUUCAACUUGGAUUUCGUUCUAGUCAUCAUGAUUGUGCUUUAUUUGUUCGGCGCACUUCUAUUGGCCUUGUUCUCCUUCUCUUGUAUGUGGAUGAUAUGAUCAUCACUGGCUUUGAUUCUAGUACUAUUGAGGAGGUUAAGCAUCAGUUGUUUCAGGAGUUCGAGAUGAAGGAUUUGGGGUCUCUUCAAUAUUUUCUUGGUAUUGAGGUUGCUACUUCUCCUACUGAGUAUUUUCUCUCUCAAACUAAAUAUAUCCAUGAUAUUCUUUCUCGUGUCAAUCUCACUAAUGACAAAAUUAUCGACACUCCUAUUGAGUUGCAUGCUAAGUUUUCUGCUUCUGAUGGCAUUCCUCUUGAGGAUCCCACUUUGUAUCGCGAGUUGGUUGGUUGUCUUGUUUAUCUCACUGUUACUCGUCCGGAUAUCUCAUAUGCUGUGUACAUUCUCAGUCAGUUUGUUUCUGCUACUCGUUCCACGCACUGGGCUGCCUUACUUCGUACUUUGCGCUACCUUCGUGGCACUUUGUUGCAAUGUCUGCUGUUAUCUGCGUCUUCGGACUUGACUCUUCGUGCCUAUGUUGAUGCUGAUUGGGCAGGUGAUGUCUCUGAGCGCAAAUCCACUUCUGGUCUUUGUGUUUUUCUCAGAGAUUCUCUCAUAUCUUGGAAGUGUAAGAAAAAGUCUGUUGUUGCUCGUUCCGCCGCUGAGGCUGAAUAUCGCGCCAUGGCUCAUGCUACUUCUGAGAUCGUUUGGCUUCGGUGACUUCUUUCUGAUAUGGGUGUCUCUCUUUCUGAUCCGACUCCAUUGUAUUGUGAUAAUCAGAGUGCUGUCCAGAUUACCCAUAAUUUAGUCUUCCAUGAGCGGAUUAAGCAUGUUGAAAUAGAUUGUCACUUUGUUAGAUAGCAUCUUUAGGCUGGCACUAUUAUUCUCCCUUUUGUUCCCUCCUCUCUUCAGUUGGCCGAUUUCUUUACGAAGACUCACACUGUUGCUCGUUUUCGUUUUUUUCUUGGCAAAUUUCGAUACUUUUUGCGCUCGCAUCCUCAGUUUGAGGGGGGGUGUGAAUUGUAUUGUAUUUGUAUUUUAUAUUCUCAAUUAAGGGUAAUUUAGUCUUCUAGGUUAUCAGGGUUUAUUAUAUUCUCAAUUGAGGGUAAUUUAGUCUUUUAGGUUAUUAGGGUUUACUCUAUGAGUUUAUAUAUUUUGUACUUAGCUUUGGUUUUAAUCAAUUUCAAAAAACAGAAUUCCUCUUCUCAGUUAUCAAAGAUAACAAUAACUAAACCUUCUCACACUUCAACUUAUAGUCGUCAAGACUUCGAAUAAAAAUUAGAUGCAAAGACUUGUUUCAGAAUUAACGUUAACAGGGGAAAUAAAGCAAGCAGCAGGGUAUACGAAUAGGCUAACAUCAUUAGUAAUAUCUGGGAUAGAAGUUUCACUUUCUAUUUGAAAUGCAUUAGCUCUGCUGAAGAUUUGAUUGUGACCAUGGAUGCAUGACCCCUUUUCAGUUGAGCUAAAUAAUAUACAAAGUGCCAAGUCUUCAGGUUUCCAUUCAUUCUUUGGUUGCAACCAAAUGAUACAAACAGUUGUUGUUGUUGUUGUUAUUUCCACUUCUGAAAAUAUCUGGAGAAAUGUCUACAUUGAACGUUGUUGUAAUGAUGCAAUCAAAAAGCAGAAAUUUGGAGAGUUUCUUCACCGAUCAACUGUCCGGUGAAUGGCCGGUGAAUCACUGAUCAAAGAGCAAUCAGUCACCAGUUUUACUUGGUUGCUUUAUCCAUGGCUUUGGAGACGAGAUUUUCAGGAUCAAGAACCUCCCAAGAAAUCUCUGGGGUGUUUGUGUAAUUUAACGUGUAUAUUUAGGCAAAAUAAGGGGUAUUUUUAUAAUUUUAGAAAAAUCUAGAAGCGCGACUGCAUUAAUGAGUAACCUCUGGGGCGUUUGUGUACGGGUUCGAGACCCUGAGCACGAAGGGGGACAUAGAGGAGGGAACACUGUAUCCUAGAUCUCUACAAUUUUACUAUUUGUUUGAUUUAUAAAAUUGGGAUAUUUUUAAAGGAUUGAAUUGGAAUUUUGGCUUGGUUAUUCUUUGACUUCCUUUUAUACUUCCUCUUUUCUUUUUUCUUUUUUGUGGCUUAGUUUUUUCUCUUGAUCAUUUGGGGUUUUGACUCUCUUUUUUUAAUUAUUACUUGUUUAUUGCUGGUAAUUGCUAUAGAAUAGAAGUAUUGGGUUAUGUAUAUAUGUAUCUAUGUAUGUACUAUAUUACUCUUCUGCAUUAGUUAGCUUUGUGUCUACUAUAUCUCAUCUUUUUUGGGAUCUGCUAAAGAAAAAUGCUCUGUAACCAUGAUUUUUGCCCCAAAAUUUAUCCCGAAAAUGAGACGGUGGAUGGUGUAAAUUUAAAGUUGGUAGGAUGCGAAGCAUUUUUUUAGAUAAUUUUUAUGGGUACGUAGUAUUGUUGGCUUAACGAUGGGCACGGGAUUAGGAUUAGUAUGGUUUCCGUGCUGAUGACAAGUAACAAACACAACCUCCGUGGUGAUGAAUUAAAGUUUUAGGGCAAAAAAAUUUGGCAUUAAUGAUGAGCGGUCACCAUUCACUUAAAAGAAUUCUUCUUGGCUUUACAUGUCUAGUUUUGAAUACUAACAUGCAAGUCUCAUUAAAAUGCAGUGCUGUGGCCUAUGUAUGUGUAUCGGCAAGCAUCCACUGAACUUGAUUAUCCUUGGACUCUAUACCGUGUGACUGAGUCUCACUGUUGGUGUAAGUUGUGCCAAUACAAAUGGCUGAUAGUUUCUUGCAAACUGCUUAAAAUCUUAAUGGGUGAAAUGUUGACUGCAUGAUGAUUGCAUGAAACUAUUGUGUGAUAUCUUUUUGCAUUGGGAGUUUUUACAGGAAAAAUUGUGCUUGAAGCCCUAAUAUUGACGUCAGAUUUGGUAGCCUCCUUGCUAGGUACACUUUUUAGGUUUCUAAGAGCAUCUCCGACGGUGCAUUAAUUUUUUUCAUCAAAUUUGAAUAAAAACUUCAUUUGAUAUCAAGUGCUCUAAUGGAGGGUUUUGUAGUUUUACCAAACCACUGGUCUACCGGCUAGCGCAAUUUUUUCACAAAUUUUUGUCUUGAGGUGGUUCAUUCGGGGAGACAUCUAGGAGACAUCCAGUGGUGAAAAUCCAACGGAAAAGAAGCUAUUUUUCCUCAAAUUUGAACUUGAUGAUAGUUUUGAAUAACCAUUCAGCUGGGAAAAAAAGAAGAAGAAAGAGUAUGUUGUUUACUCAAAUUACGAAGUAAUUUCUUUAUUCUGAUUAGUUUUGGAGCUGAUUGUUCUUGCACCUAUUAGUGUUCUUGCAUCUUUGAGUGUAAAAUAUUGAAGCUUGUAUUCUUAAAAAUGAUUUAUUCCUUUGGGAGUUUAUGUGAUAACUUCAAUUUAUUUUAUUUUUUUUCUAAAGAACUCAAGAGACUUUUAUGGUUGCUAAACUCUUAUUCUCUACCAAUAUACAUUUUGGAUCACAUUCAGAAACAUGGUUUAUUUAGUAAAGUGAUCCAAAAUUUUCUUACUUGUUUUUUAUGAGGAAAAAAAAAUUUCAAAUAUGAUGAUAUAAAAUCUAGAAAGAUAGGAGUUUUGGCAAGAGAAGAUCUAAAAAGUGACCGUAAUGCUUAUAGGAUAGUGAUGUUAGUUGAUUAAUUUGAAGAAUAAGAAAACCUAAAAGUAAGUAGAUUUUAAUAAAUUUUGUUUUAUUAAAUGUCUAACUGUCUAUAAAAUGUAAUUCUUACAGUUAGAAGUACUUAAGAAUUCCAAUGUUAUAAGCUAUAUAAGCCUGCCUCAAUUGCAAGCCUUUUUUUUAGGUCGUGUAAUAGGGAGGUGUACCUUAUACUAGGGCAAGUGGUAUACCGUGUUCCUAUUCUUGUUAGUUGUUUUGUAUACCAUAAUGCUAGAGUUGUUUUUGCCGUUCGUUAUGCAUGAGUCUUGACGCAAAUUAGUAAUCAAUUACAUACUUCUGUUAGUAAUUACAAUCUUGUUUUUUGUUAACCUCCAGGCCACAAUUUGUAACCUAUUUUACUAUAAGCUGUCCGAUUGAGUCCCUACUAUUCAAUUUGUAACCUCUUUGUGCUCAAACUUGACUAUUCAAAUAACUGAUACAUCUGUGUGUGUGUAUGUGUUUUGUAGUAUUAAGUUGGGUUCAUCCUUUCAAAAGCUGCAUUAUAUUUAACAUAACUGCUAUUGAUGAUAACAUGUAUUUUGUUUGCUUAUUGUUCACAAGACUAUAUGAUCUAAUCAUGAUAUUAUAGUCAAUGCCUUUUGUAAUGGUUGGUUACAAGUCACUGUAUGUUUUCACUAUUUUCAUUUGGUGUCCUCCAUUUUCUUAGUUCAUGAAAAUUCAUCUUGAUAUAAUUCUUCUGAUGAUUAUACGUACUAAUUUU